AUGACGGAUGAUUAUUCUAACACCGUGACCUCUGAAAGUCAAAUCACAGAAAGUGGGGACCAGCGAGACGGGAGAGUCGGCAGUGGGAUAGCCUCAAAUUCUCUAACGUCUGCUAUUGAAGCUCCUGACUAUCUGGAGAACUUUAACAUAGAUACAGGAAAUGAAUCGGGAGAACCCAAUGUUCCGCAUUACAUCGUCAAUUUGAAUAUGUAUAACACCACAGGUGAUAUGAAUGCUAUGAGUACGUUGCCUGUCAAUACAUCACCUGGGGUAGGUGAGUCGUCUACAUCACUACAAACAUCGAAUGCGGAUUCAACCAUUAAUGACAACGUUAGUUUUAUGUGUGGAAUUAAUUCUACUGGGAGAUCCCAACAGUUUUUCAUACCUGCAAUGCGUUCUAAAACACGUGGUCGUGGGCGGUUUUCCUCUGUCCCGUUAGAUGAUGUAAUGGAGAAGAAGAUACGCACAUACGAAGGGAAGGAUUGUGUACAAGAGUUGGCAAAGCUAUUAAAAUUGUUCCCCCGUUUUAAAAGGGCAUACGUUAAUCGUGUUUUUACGCGCAAUAUGCUAAGCUAUGAGAAGAGUUACGAGCAGUUAAAAGAGGAAGACGAUCGUGAACGGGAAAGGUGUGCGAAAGUACGCCUUAUUCAAGCACCGAAAGCUGAAUCCAAACGAUCAGAUUCAAAGACUCCUUCGCGUCCUGAAUUGCCUCUACAGUCACAAGCCUUCUUGUGCAUGGGAUUACCUUUGGGUCGUUGUCCUCCACAUGUUGCCAAUUCACUUUAUCGUCGAGUUAUUGUGACACCGGAAGGCACUGUUGAAUCCGCUGAUGAACAUGAACAGAAAUUCUUAGAUUCGACAGGGUUAUCAAGUUCUUUAUCAGAAUCACCAUCUUCACACUUUGAACCACCUCGGCCUAGACCAUCCUUGUUCAGUGGGCUGAAAUUGUCGCCAAUGUCAACUGUUUUGCCUCCCAUUCAUCAAAUCGCCCAGUUUAGGCACUCUCCACCCACACCUUCGGAAGGACAAGCAUCAACAUUACAGGAUACUACCACUACUGCUACUACUACUACUACUAAUAAUAAUACUGACAAUAAUGAUAGUAAUGUUCAAGGACAAAAUUCUGAAGAGACAACAACCACUCCACAACAGGGUAAUAAAUUCUUUCGUACAGAUCAUGUCGGUGAAGCACAAAAGAAGAAACGUGGUUACAUUAAUAGAGAGAUGCGAACAGCUACAGUUAGCACACCUAUUAGUCGAACUAACACAACAGCAACUGCAACAGCUAAAUCUGAUAUGGAUAGUGAUGAUUCUAGUCGGAAGUCAGGAGAUGCUGUAAAGUAUAUGGCUAAAGUUGGUGUUGUAAGUAAUUCAGUCACUCGCAAACGGCUUGAUCGUCGUGGGAAAUCUGUCCGACAGAAAAUGUCUACAGAAGCUCAGAAUACUGGCAAGGAAAUGGCUGUUUCACCCGUUGUUGAGCCAGUUACAGAAGAUGAUGGUCUUGACCUUACCAAUGAAGAGCGCCGUCAUCUCCUUUCCUUUUUCAAUGACGCUGUAAUGGAAGAACUUACCCUAAUGCCAGGUUGUUCACGAAAAACUGCACAAGCAAUUAUCAAUAUGCGUCCGUUUAAAAGUACCAAAGAUGUGGUUACCCAGUUAUCAGGAGUUCGUCAUCUUUCUUCCAACCUGUAUGAAAGCUGUAAGGAUAUUUUAGUCGUCCGUUCCUCGGUUAUCCAGCUACUGAAUAGAUGUGAACGUCUAACUGAACAAGUUGCCGCGCAUGCAGCACGUUUGCUUGAAAAUACUAUCAGCUUGCCUGAAAGUGCUGCUACAGAUCAGAACCAAUCCGAUGGAAUUAGUCAUGAAAGGGAUGAUUUUGUUGUAAACAAAGCGAAUGGAGGUCCUAUACAAUUUUUGACUCAGCAGCCCGCUAUUCUUAAUCCUUUGCGUGAAUUAAAACCGUAUCAACUUGUCGGUCUCAACUGGCUCCGUCUAUUACACCAUGAACAAGUCAAUGGAAUACUAGCAGAUGAGAUGGGUUUAGGGAAAACUGUACAAGCUAUCGCUUUUCUAGCCAGCCUGUGGGAGAAUGGAAAUCGUGGUCCUCAUCUCAUCAUUUGUCCGAGUUCCACACAGGAUAACUGGCAACGAGAAUUGAGUCUUUGGUGUCCUCAUUUAAAAGUACUUGUCUAUCAAGGAUCUGCAGAACAGCGGAAAGCUAUUCGUUUAAAAAUCUAUGAAUCUGAAGCUCAAGCUGAUUUCAAUGUGUUGCUAACUAGCUAUGCUGUCGGACUAGUGCUAUCGAAGACAGAGCCUUAA